CCACUGGAUCGUUGGGACGUCGUAUACGUCACUACAUCAAAUGCGCAGUCAAUGACAGGAGCAUAGUGUACUGCAACUUUCUUCGCAAAUAUAAGAGCUGCUUAGAAUCUACUGGAGCCUUCCAUUUCUCCCUUAUGAUCAAACCCGCCAACAAGGGCGAUGUUGAUCCUGAGACCCAGCAAGAGGUUGAUUUCGAAGCCGACCUGGAGCCGUACAAGCUGACAACCCCAGAUCCAUCGGUUGACGGAAUACCCGGCCUCGAAAAGAAACAUCUCAAUGACAGAACCCUCAAAUUCCAAAAUAAAAACCGUCCCAGUAAACGAUUCCUUUUUGUCUGGCUAUCAUAA